UGCAACUAAAGGACGUUAACUCGUAUUCGAGUAGAAAUUAAGUUAUCGGACAUGAUUCCGAUGGGUGUUAUACGAAACAUGAAGGUAACUCUAGCGAGUUGUCUCGUUCUGCUGGCAGUAACAGUUGUGCCCCUUUGUUCAGGGCAUGGCCGUCUGCUAGACCCACCUUCCAGAGCUACGAUGUGGAGGCUCGGGUUCGAUUCCCCGGCAGACUACGACGAUCAUCAAGGAUAUUGUGGCGGAAAAGAAGCUUUAUGGAACAGGUUUGGGGGUCGGUGUGGCGUGUGUGGCGACCCCUACAGACCGAUACCCCGAGCCCACGAGCGAGGGGGACAGUACUACGACGGCACGCCGAGUAAAUAUUACAAGUCAGGGGAGCUAAUCACGGUCAAGUUUGGCAUUACAGCUAAUCACAGGGGUUGGAUCGAGUUCCGGCUCUGUGCCUACGACGACCCGGAGAGUGGCGACAUCGAAUACGACUCAGACGGAGACAUGGUUGAGGUCACGCAGGAGUGUUUGGAUAAACACGUGCUGGAGCUGGAAGAUGGCGAGACUAGAUACUAUUUACCCGAACCCUACGCUUCAGGCGAGUUUGAGGUCGAUGUUCGUCUACCUAAAGGCAUCUCCUGCAAGAAAUGUUUGUUCCAGUGGAAAUGGAAUGUUGCCAACAGUUGGGGCACGGACGAGGACGGGACAUCAUGUAUAGGCUGCGGUGAGCAGGAACAGUUCUUUGCUUGCGCCGACAUCGUCGUCGAGCCUAGAGGAGACUCCAAACCCAAACCACCAAAAACCACCCGGCGCCCAAAUACAACGCCGCGCCCUACCACAAAAAAACCACUCGCGGGGAAAAAAAACUCCACCACCGCCACCACCAAGCCGAAGAAGAGCAAGCAAAUCAGGAACGAAACCACUGCGAUUAACACCACCGUGUCCGUCAAUGCUACCACCAUUUUAGACACGACCACACAGCAAACGACCACUGAAGAGCCAAUGUGGUGGUUUUUGAAACACAUUCCGAUAUUUCUACACAACAACAUGGGCAGGGAGGUUGAAAUUGAUAUCACUGACGGGCCAGGGUACGCUAUGGUCAAAGAUAAACCGAAAACCCAGGAAAAUCUCAUCGACAAGACCCCCACUUCAAGACUUGUAAAAUGGUUUUCUGAAUUCAAAUCUUCUUUUUUCAAAACAAACGUAGACAACACAAACCGAACGAAUGAUAAAAGCUGGCUUGCGGCUAAAGGAAAUGAAAACGCAAGCUUGCAAGAAAGCGGGUCAGGAUCGUGGUGGGACAGAAUCGGAGCCAAACUUUCCAAGGGGCUUUUGUGGAAUGUCUUGAGGCUCAGAGACAGCGACCAGAAAAAUUCCGGUAUCCAAAAACGUCAAGCUGAUUCAAGAGUUCAAGGUACACGAGGUCACGAGAACCACACGAGAACGGUGACGUUUUUCUCAGAGACGUCUCGCAAUGUGACUGUGGAUGUCAACAAAGCUCUGGAUAUUAUCUCAGCCAGUGUAUCCGACAUGACAGAACACACAGAGAACAUUACUUUUUUCGCUAACCUGAGCUUGAACGACACGCUGUUCCCUCUUCAGAACAACACAGAAGACAGUAAUCACACUAUGAAUGCAAUAAACAAAUCAGCACUUGAUGACUACAAUAAAAACGCAACAAACACAACUGCUGUGUUCAAUACUAAACCCCGCUUGUCUUCCAAGAAAUCUAACAAUUCAACUUCAACAAAAACAAGACCAAAAAGAAACGCAACUCCUAAGCAACCAGUGUUCCAGCAAGAGUUACCCCGACCAGAACUUAUUUUCAAAGACUUGAUAGCUCUAAGAACGCUUACAGAUAAAAUGGUGUCUACAGAUUUAGAAAACAAUACAGAGACAAAGAAGGAUGAGACAAGCAAUACAUUUUCCGCCGCAGACCAUGCGAGGUUGUCUAAAAAAGAUCUUCAUAUCUCACUUUUUGCGCCAAGCCAGCCAUACAGAAUCGCCAAAACAGAACUCUUUUACCCUGAAGUUAACGACAACACGGCACUGUUUUCACAAGAUAUCAGCAGGGUGCAUUCCAGCACUACAAACAAUAAACAAGAAAAAAACCAAGCUCAAGAAAAUUCUUCUCCAGGAAUUAUAGCCACAGCUGAUGUCCUAAAAGCGAAAUCGAUUCUAAAAUCUCAAGAAGAUAAAACCAGAACUCAGAAUCCCAACAUCCUUGACCUUACAACGAAAGAAACUUUUAGCAAUGACAAUACAACAAAUGAAAAGAACGACUCACAAACUUCAGCGAAUCUCCAAGUAGAGGAGCCAACAGAAACGCAAUCAAAAGAACGAAAAUUUAAAAUUCUUUUCAAAAACAACCAGCGGCGCCCGAGUUUCAAAAAACUAAAGAAACAAAACCUCUCCGGGGUUGAUGGCGAAACCGUCGACGAAAAACUGAAAACCAGCCUAAAUGGCAGGGGCAGACAAGGAAAACAUGAACAUGUUUUUCUGAAGAACAACCAUUUCAAAGGCCAGUACGAUGCUCCUGAAAUCAGCGGCGUUGUAGCGAAACAUCCAGUGCUAAAAGAAAAAAGCCGCAAGCUUGAGAAGGAGAAGGAGGCAGAAUUCGAGAAAGGGUUGUUUGAACACGAGGUUAAGAGCCAGUUAGAAAAAGAGAAGGAAAAAGAGAAGGAGGUGGAAGAGAGUCAGAGUAAGGAGAAUCACGAGGAGUUUGAACACGAGGAAGAACAUGAGGGUCAUUCUGAACACGAUGAUGAGAGCGAUAAAGAACAUGAACAUGAAUCACACGGUCAUUCUAAACAUGAUGAUGAUGAAUCACACGAAGAUCAUUCUGAACAUGAUGAUGAAUCACACGAAGAUCAUUCUGAACAUGAUGAUGAAUCACAUGAAGAUCAUUCUGAACAUGAAGGUGAAUCACAUGAAGAUCAUUCUGAACAUGAUGGUGAAUCACAUGAAGAUCAUUCUGAACAUGAUGAUGAAUCACACGAAGAUCACGAGGAUGAAAGCAGCCACAAAGAACACAAACAUGAAUCACACGAUGAAGAUCAUUCUGAACAUGAUGGUGAAAGCCACGAAGAUCACGAAGACCUCGAACACGAUGAAGAUCACGAUGAAGACUCCGACAAUGAACAUAGCAGCAUCAAGAAAGAGUGCCACAAAAGCCACAGUGAAGAUCUAAAGUACUCCAGCGAAGAAAAGCAUUCUGGCCACAAGGAAGACCUCAGCAGCCACGGAGAUGAAAGUUAUGGAAAAUACGAUUCUCACAGUGGGCAUGAUGAUCAUUCUGGGGAAUAUGGUCACGAUUCUCACGAAGAUCAUUCUGAAGAAUCAUCUCACGAAGAUCAUUCUGGAGAACAUGAAUCUCACAGUGGACACGAAGAUCAUUCUGGGGAAAAUGACCACGAUUCUCACGAAGAUCAUGGCCACGAGGAUGAGAGUCACGAAGAGCAUGGGUCACACCAAGACCACGAUGAUCACUCUGAAGAUGAAAGCCACGAUGACCACACAAAAUGUCACACAAGCGACCAUGAAGAUUUUAAAGAAGAUGACGACGAGGAAAGUCAUGGAAUUCAUAGUGAAGGCGACCACGGAGAACAUGAGGAAGACUCUCAUAGCGGGCAUAGCGGUGACUGUUUUAGUAGCCACAGUAGUCACAAGGGACAUAGUGGGCAUGAAGACGAAGGCCACUCAAGCGAUAGUAAGGAAAGCAGCCAUGAGAGCGAAUCAGAACACGACGAACAUAGUGGUCACGAGGACAGUCAUGAGGAAAGCAGUGGUCACGAGGAAGAAAGUAGUGGACAUGAUGAACAUAGUGGUCACGAGGACAGUCAUGAGGAAAGCAGUGGUCACGAGGAAGAAAGUAGUGGACAUGAUGAACAUAGUGGUCACGAGGAAGAAAGUAGUGGACAUGACGAGCAUAGUGGUCACGAGGACAGUCAUGAGGAAAGCAGUGGUCACGAGGAAGAAAGUAGUGGACAUGAUGAGCAUAGUGGUCAGGAGGAAGAAAGUAGUGAACAUGACGAACAUAGUGGUGACGAGGAAGAAAGUAGUGGACAUGAUGAACAUAGUGGUCACGAGGACAGUCAUGAGGAAAGCAGUGGUCACGAGGAAGAAAGUAGUGGACAUGAUGAACAUAGUGGUCACGAGGAAGAAAGUAGUGGACAUGAUGAACAUAGUGGUCACGAGGACAGUCAUGAGGAAAGCAGUGGUCACGAGGAAGAAAGUAGUGGACAUGACGAACAUAGUGGUCACGAGGAAGAAAGUAGUGGACAUGAUGAGCAUAGUGGUCACGAGGAAGAAAGUAGUGGACAUGACGAGCAUAGUGGUCACGAGGACAGUCAUGAGAAAAGUAGUGGUCACGAGGAAGAAAGUAGUGGACAUGAUGAGCAUAGUGGUCAGGAGGAAGAAAGUAGUGAACAUGACGAACAUAGUGGUGACGAGGAAGAAAGUAGUGGACAUGAUGAACAUAGUGGUCAUGGGGACAGUCAUGAGGAAAGCAGUGGUCACGAGGAAAAAAGUAGUGGACAUGAUGAUCAUAGUGGUCACGAGGAAGAAAGUAGUGGACAUGAUGAACAUAGUGGUCACGAGGAAGAAAGUCAUAGUGGACAUGAUGAGCAUAGUGGUCACGAGGAAGAAAGUAGUGGACAUGAUGAACAUAGUGGUCACGAGGAAGAAAGUCAUAGUGGACAUGAUGAACAUAGUGGUCAUGAGGAAGAAAGUAGUGGACAUGAUGAACAUAGUGGUCACGAGGAAGAAAGUAGUGGACAUGACGAACAUAGUGGUCACGAGGAAGAAAGUAGUGGACAUGAUGAACAUAGUGGUCACGAGGAAGAAAGUAGUGGACAUGAUGCACAUAGUGGUCACGAGGAAGAAAGUAGUGGACAUGAUGAACAUAGUGGUCACGAGGAAGAAAGUAGUGGACAUGAUGAACAUAGUGGUCACGAGGAAGAAAGUAGUGGACAUGAUGAGCAUAGUGGUCACGAGGAAGAAAGUAGUGGACAUGAUGAACAUAGUGGUCACGAGGACAGUCAUGAGGAAAGCAGUGGUCACGAGGAAGAAAGUAGUGGACAUGAUGAGCAUAGUGGUCACGAGGAAGAAAGUAGUGGACAUGAUGAACAUAGUGGUCACGAGGAAGAAAGUAGUGGACAUGAUGAACAUAGUGGUCACGAGGAAGAAAGUAGUGGACAUGAUGAGCAUAGUGGUCACGAGGAAGAAAGUAGUGGACAUGAUGAACAUAGUGGUCACGAGGAAGAAAGUAGUGGACAUGAUGAACAUAGUGGUCACGAGGAAGAAAGUAGUGGACAUGACGAACAUAGUGGUCACGAGGACAGUCAUGAGGAAAGCAGUGGUCACGAGGAAGAAAGUAGUGGACAUGAUGAACAUAGUGGUCACGAGGACAGUCAUGAGGAAAGCAGUGGUCACGAGGAAGAAAGUAGUGGACAUGAUGAGCAUAGUGGUCACGAGGAAGAAAGUAGUGGACAUGAUGAACAUAGUGGUCACGAGGAAGAAAGUAGUGGACAUGAUGAGCAUAGUGGUCACGAGGAAGAAAGUAGUGGACAUGAUGAACAUAGUGGACAUGAUGAACAUAGUGGUCACGAGGAAGAAAGUAGUGGACAUGAUGAGCAUAGUGGUCACGAGGAAGAAAGUAGUGGACAUGAUGAACAUAGUGGUCACGAGGAAGAAAGUAGUGGACAUGAUGAACAUAGUGGUCACGAGGAAGAAAGUAGUGGACAUGAUGAACAUAGUGGUCACGAGGAAGAAAGUAGUGGACAUGAUGAACAUAGUGGUCACGAGGAAGAAAGUAGUGGACAUGAUGAACAUAGUGGUCACGAGGAAGAAAGUAGUGGACAUGAUGAACAUAGUGGUCACGAGGAAGAAAGUAGUGGACAUGAUGAGCAUAGUGGUCACGAGGAAGAAAGUAGUGGACAUGAUGAACAUAGUGGUCACGAGGAAGAAAGUAGUGGACAUGAUGAGCAUAGUGGUCACGAGGAAGAAAGUAGUGGACAUGAUGAACAUAGUGGUCACGAGGAAGAAAGUAGUGGACAUGAUGAACAUAGUGGUCAUGGGGACAGUCAUGAGGAAAGCAGUGGUCACGAGGAAGAAAGUAGUGGACAUGAUGAACAUAGUGGUCACGAGGAAGAAAGUAGUGGACAUGAUGAGCAUAGUGGUCACGAGGAAGAAAGUAGUGGACAUGACGAACAUAGUGGUCACGAGGAAGAAAGUAGUGGACAUGACGAACAUAGUGGUCACGAGGACAGUCAUGAGGAAAGUAGUGGUCACGAGGAAGAAAGUAGUGGACAUGAUGAACAUAGUGGUCACGAGGAAGAAAGUAGUGGACAUGACGAACAUAGUGGUCACGAGGAAGAAAGUAGUGGACAUGACGAACAUAGUGGUCACGAGGAAGAAAGUAGUGGACAUGAUGAACAUAGUGGACAUGAUGAACAUAGUGGUCAUGGGGACAGUCAUGAGGAAAGCAGUGGUCACGAGGAAGAAAGUAGUGGACAUGAUGAACAUAGUGGUCACGAGGAAGAAAGUCAUAGUGGACAUGAUGAACAUAGUGGUCACGAGGAAGAAAGUAGUGGACAUGACGAACAUAGUGGUCACGAGGAAGAAAGUAGUGGACAUGACGAACAUAGUGGUCACGAGGAAGAAAGUAGUGGACAUGAUGAACAUAGUGGUCACGAGGAAGAAAGUAGUGGACAUGACGAACAUAGUGGUCACGAGGAAGAAAGUAGUGGACAUGACGAACAUAGUGGUCACGAGGAAGAAAGUAGUGGACAUGACGAACAUAGUGGUCACGAGGAAGAAAGUAGUGGACAUGAUGAGCAUAGUGGUCACGAGGAAGAGAGUAGUGGACAUGACGAACAUAGUGGUCACGAGGAAGAAAGUAGUGGACAUGACGAACAUAGUGGUCACGAGGAAGAAAGUAGUGGACAUGACGAACAUAGUGGUCACGAGGAAGAAAGUAGUGGACAUGACGAACAUAGUGGUCACGAGGAAGAAAGUAGUGGACAUGACGAACAUAGUGGUCACGAGGAAGAAAGUAGUGGACAUGAUGAACAUAGUGGUCACGAGGAAGAAAGUAGUGGACAUGACGAACAUAGUGGUCACGAGGAAGAAAGUAGUGGACAUGACGAACAUAGUGGUCACGAGGAAGAAAGUAGUGGACAUGAUGAACAUAGUGGUCACGAGGAAGAAAGUAGUGGACAUGACGAACAUAGUGGUCACGAGGAAGAAAGUAGUGGACAUGACGAACAUAGUGGUCACGAGGAAGAAAGUAGUGGACAUGACGAACAUAGUGGUCACGAGGAAGAAAGUAGUGGACAUGAUGAACAUAGUGGUCACGAGGAAGAAAGUAGUGGACAUGACGAACAUAGUGGUCACGAGGAAGAAAGUAGUGGACAUGACGAACAUAGUGGUCACGAGGAAGAAAGUAGUGGACAUGACGAACAUAGUGGUCACGAGGAAGAAAGUAGUGGACAUGACGAACAUAGUGGUCACGAGGAAGAAAGUAGUGGACAUGACGAACAUAGUGGUCACGAGGAAGAAAGUAGUGGACAUGAUGAACAUAGUGGUCACGAGGAAGAAAGUAGUGGACAUGACGAACAUAGUGGUCACGAGGAAGAAAGUAGUGGACAUGACGAACAUAGUGGUCACGAGGAAGAAAGUAGUGGACAUGAUGAGCAUAGUGGUCACGAGGAAGAAAGUAGUGGACAUGACGAACAUAGUGGUCACGAGGAAGAAAGUAGUGGACAUGAUGAGCAUAGUGGUCACGAGGAAGAAAGUAGUGGACAUGAUGAACAUAGUGGUCAUGAAGAACAUGGCCAUGAAGAACAUGGGCACGAGGAAAGCCACGAUGAACAUGGCGACGAAGAACAUGGCCACGAAGAAAGCCACGAAGAACAUGGCCAUCAGGAUAGUCACGAAGAACAUGGCCACGAAGAACAUGGCCAUGAAGGUAGUCACGAAGAACAUGGCCACGAAGAACAUGGCCAUGAGGAUAGUCACGAUGAACAUGGCCACGAAGAAAGCCACGAAGAACAUGACCACGAGGAAAGCCACGAAGAACAUGGCCACGAAGAUCACGGCCACGAAGAACAUGGCCACGAAGAAAGUCACGAAGAACAUGGCCAUGAUGAGCAUGGCCAUGAUGAACAUGACCAUGAAGAACAUGGCCACGAAGAACAUGGGGACGAAGAACAUGGCCAUGAAGAACAUGACCAUGAAGACAGUCACGAAGAACAUGGCCAUGACGAACAUGGACACGAGGAAAGCCACGAAGAACAUGGCCACGACGAACAUGGCCAUGAUGAACACGACCAUGAAGAUAGUCACGAAGAACAUGGCCACGAAGAACAUGGCCAUGAGGAUAGUCACGAAGAACAUGGCCACGAAGAACAUGGCCAUGAAGAUAGUCACGAUGAACAUGGCCACGAAGAAAGCCACGAAGAACAUGACCACGAGGAAAGCCACGAAGAACAUGGCCACGAAGAUCACGGCCACGAAGAACAUGGCCACGAAGAAAGUCACGAAGAACAUGGCCAUGAUGAGCAUGGCCAUGAUGAACAUGACCAUGAAGAACAUGGCCACGAAGAACAUGGGGACGAAGAACAUGGCCAUGAAGAACAUGACCAUGAAGACAGUCACGAAGAACAUGGCCAUGAAGAACAUGGACACGAGGAAAGCCACGAAGAACAUGGCCACGACGAACAUGGCCAUGAUGAACACGACCAUGAAGAUAGUCACGAAGAACAUGGCCACGACGAAGAACAUGGCCACGAAGAACAUGGCCACGAAGAACAUGGCCAUGAAGAACAUGACCAUGAAGACAGUCACGAAGAACAUGGCCAUGAAGAACAUGGGGACGAAGAACAUGGCCAUGAAGAACAUGGCCAUGAAGACAGUCACGAAGAACAUGGCCAUGAAGAACAUGGCCAUGAAGAAAGUCACGAAGAACAUGGCCAUGAUGAACACGACCAUGAAGACAGUCACGAAGAACAUGGUCACGAAGAACAUGGGGAAGAAGAACAUGGCCAUGAAGAACAUGACCAUGAAGACAGUCACGAAGAACACGGCCACGAAGAACAUGGACACGAGGAAAGCCACGAAGAGCAUGGCCAUGAAGAACAUGACCACGAAGACAGUCACGAAGAACAUGGUCACGAAGAACAUGGGGAAGAAGAACAUGGCCAUGAAGAACAUGACCAUGAAGACAGUCACGAAGAACACGGCCACGAAGAACAUGGGGAAGAAGAACAUGGCCACGAAGAAAGCCACGAAGAACAUGGCCACGAGGAAAGCCACGAAGAGCAUGGCCAUGAAGAACAUGACCACAAAGACAGUCACGAAGAACAUGGUCAUGAAGAACAUGGGGAAGAAGAACAUGGCCAUGAAGAACAUGACCAUGAAGACAGUCACGAAGAACAUGGCCACGAAGAAAGCCACGAAGAACAUGGCCACGAGGAAAGUCACGAAGAACAUGGCCACGAAGAACACGACCACGAAGAUAGUCACGAAGAACAUGGCCACGAAGAACAUGGCCACGAAGAACAUGGCCACGAAGAACACGACCAUGAAGAUCUUCACGAGGAAAGCCAUCAGACUAUUAACGGCCAUAGCGGUAGCAGCAGCGGCCAUGAUAGGAAGCGUCGCUCCGUCCAACAGCGAUCACAAAGCACACAAAUUCUCACCAAAAACGCAAACUCCGCACCAGAAAAAUCAUCCCUUUUCGAUAACACCAGAAGGCCAAAAAAGUAUUUUGAGAAACUGCAGCUCAAAUCUUCAUUACCCAACUCCAACAAGAAAAGUCAAUAUGCACAAAGCCCAAAUAAAGAUAAAACUAAAGAUUUUUAUUCCUAUUACCCAGUCGAAGAUAUUAAUAGAUUUGAGGAUAAAACGAAACUAAAAACAGCGGAUUAUUACGGUGACAAUGUAAAUCAAGACAGGAAACACGGAGAUGGAUUCUUAAAUGACAAUAAAGAAUACGGUUAUUUUUCAAAAGAGGAUUACUACUAUGACGCAGAUUGUUACGACAAGGACGCGAAUAAUGGAAUCGAUAAGCAAUACAAAGCCAACAAAGAUAAAGCAGACAGUGAUUUUAUUGACUAUAGCGAUGACAAAGGCUAUGAUGGCUUUAAAGGGAGCAAAGGUCACUGGGACAGCAAAGAGGUUAAAGGUUACGGUGAUUAUAAAAGUGCGGGAAAAUCCGAAGAAUAUUAUUUCGACGACAGCAAGCCAAGUAGUUACAGCAAAGAUAAGGGCGAUGACUACGGAAGCGACGACGAUUUUUCAUCAAGCUCUAAGGGCGAUUACUUUUCCUCUAAUUCCAAGGGAGACGACUUUUCAUCAAGCUCAAAGGGAAGCGACUCUUCCUCGAAUUCUGACGACGAUUUUUAUUUCUCCGACUCGAAAGGAGAAGAUUUAGACUCGGACUACAGCGAGGGGCACCACGACAGCAUGAGCUCAGACCAGCAUGACGAUGGCAAGGGCGAGCACUCUAGCGAGAGCGACGAGGGCUGUGAUGAGGAUGAAGGGAAGAGUGAUUCCAAGGGCGAAAGCGGGGAACUCGAUUAUGAGUCUGAUGGAAAUCACAAGGGAAGCAGUGGAUAUAGUGAAGAAAAGGGCUACGGUGAUGAAAAGGGCUACAGUGAUGAAAAGGGCUACAGUGAAGAAAAGGGCUACAGUGAUGAAAAAGGAUAUAGCGACGAAAAGGGCUACAGUGAUGAAAAGGGCUACAGUGAUGAAAAAGGAUAUAGCGACGAAAAGGGCUACAGUGAUGAAAAAGGAUAUAGUGAAGAAAAGGGCUACAGUGAUGAAAAAGGAUAUAGUGCCGAAAAGGGCUACAGUGAUGAAAAAGGAUAUAGUGAAGAAAAGGGCUAUAGUGAUGAAAAAGGAUAUGGUGAAGAAAAGGGCUACAGUGAUGAAAAGGGCUACAGUGAUGAAAAAGGAUAUAGCGACGAAAAGGGCUACGAUCUAAAAGGCGACGAUUACAGCAGCGAUGAAGACAAGGGCUAUGAUUCAAAAGGGGACAGCAGUUCCGACAUGGAAUACAGCUCAAAGGGCUACAAUUCUAAAGGGGAGGACGGGGGAGAGGACUGCGAAGAUCACGAAGGGGCUAACGAGGGCUCAUCAGAUAGCAUGAGUGACAGCUCAGCGAUGUAUGACAGCUCUGAUGAUAGCUCCAGCUCAGAAGGUCACGAUGGUAGCAAAGGCUACAGUGAUGAAAAGGGCUACAGUGAUGAAAAGGGCUACAGUGAUGAAAAGGGCGACAGUGAUGAAAAGGGCUACAGUGAUGAAAAGGGCUACAGUGAAGAAAAAGGAUAUAGUGACGAAAAAGGAUAUAGUGAUGUGAAAGACUAUAGCGACGAAAAGGGCUACAGUGAUGAAAAGGGCUACAGUGACGAAAAGGGCUACAGUGAAGAAAAAGGAUAUAGUGACGAAAAAGGAUAUAGUGAUGUGAAAGACUAUAGCGAUGAAAAGGGCGACAGUGACGAAAAAGGAUAUAGCGAUGAAAAGGGCUACAGUGAUGAAAAGGGCUACAGCGAUGAAAAGGGCUAUUACUCUAAAGGUGAAGAUGAUGAAGACGACGACGAAGAGAAAAGCUCCGAUUCCAAAAGCGAUGCAAAGGGCUAUGACUCUCAAGGCUACAGCAGCUCAGACAUCGAAUACAGCUCAAAGGGCGACGACUACGAUAGCGAUCACAAAGGGCUCAGUUCAGAUAGUAGCGACGGUAGCCAAGGCUACAGCGACGAGAAAGGCUACCUCUCUCACGAGGAAGGAUCGGAUGAUGAUUGUGACGAUAAAGGAAGCAAAAGUUACAGUGAUAUUCAUAAAGACGCUAAAGGCGAUAAUGACAAUCAAGACGAUGAUGAUGAAAACGAAACCGAUGAUGAUUACAAACACGGAAGUCACGGGUUUAAAAGCAAAACCGGAAGUGAUGAUUAUAAAGGAGGAAGCUCUAAAGACGAUUACUACGACGACGAGGGCUACGGUUCAAAGGGCGACGGCGAGUUGAAAGGUCAUUUUUCAGACGAUUAUUACGAGGGCUACGGUAAAAAAGGAGGUCAAAGUUCAAGUUCUCGUGACGGACGUCACGGGGUCAAUGACAUAAAAGACAGCGAAUACAUCGAUGAAAGCGAUGAUAAUGGAAAGGAUUCAAGUUUAUCUAACUACGACGACGAGGAUUUCCUUUUCGAUAAAGAGUUUAAUAAGAAAAUCGAUGGGAAAGAUUAUCGAUAUGAUUAUAAGGAAGACAAUGAUGAUGGAGUAAAGGAUAAAUCUAAAAGUAAGAACGGAAAGAAAGGCAACACGAAAAAUAAAAAAGACGACGAUAAGAAAGAGGAUAAAAAUAUAGGAAACAAGUCCGGUGAUAAUGAUGAUAAAAAGGGGAGUGGGCUCGAGAAAGGAAAUUCUAAAUCAAAAGACGGGUUCGAAUCCAAGCCAGACAAACACGACGGAAGAGGAAUUUUCGGUUUUGAUUUCGACGAGGAGAAGGCGUCACCAGAUCUAAAAGCGUUAAAGUCGGAAACAGGAAAAAAUUCCGACCCCCGGAAAAAGAACGCGGAAACCGAAGACGAAUUGGAAUCCGCUGUUGGAGCUAAGAGCUUGGGAGCGUUUAAAUACGCCAGAAUUUUCGGUUGGAAUCAAGAUGGCGUCGAUAAAAAUAGUCCACUGUUGCUUCAACGUAAACCAAGGUCAAGCGAUCACUCCGAGUUGAGCGACGACGGAAGUCAUGACGAUGAUGAUGACGAAGAUGAGAAAGAUAAUGAAAAGGAUCUUUCUGGAGAAAGUGGCAUCAAGUCUUCUGAUGAUUACGCUGACAAGAAACACGACAGCGUCAAGGAGUCUGGUGACGUUUCAAGCGCGUCAUCACACGGCGAAGGUUGUUCCGGGGAGGCGGAAAAUCUUGAGGAAGACAACCACAACGAUGAUUACGACGACGAUAAAAAUGAUGAAUGGUCUGCGUCACACUCGGCGCAUGGAGACGAGUCUUUGAGUGAGUUCAGUGAAGAUAACGACGAGGACGAUGAUGAUUCAAAAGACUGCGACGACGAGAAAGAUAAAAAAGACGAUGGGUCUAAGGAUAAAAAGAGUGAGACGGAUUUUGAUGUCAAGUUUACAAGCGUGAAGGGAGAUAAUGAGUACGGAGGAAAAGAUAUCCUCGGGCUAGGGGGAGAUAACAAGUUCUUUUCUACACAAUUUAGCGAUGAGUUCUUAAAGGCUGGAGUUAAAUCCCAAAAAGGAAAAGACGAAGAUGAUGAUGAAAAAGACGAUGACGAAAAUUUUAAAUCCUCAAGUGGGAAGAAAAUUCUAGAAGGUUUUUUCGGCGAUGUUGAAAAAGACAAAAAGUAUGAAGAUCAGUCUAACGACGAUGAAAAUUGUAACGACGUAACGGAUUCGAGUGCUGAGGAAAAGAAAAAGAUAAGCGAUAAGAAAAAGAAAGAAUACGUUGACGGCGAUAAUUACGAGUAUGAUGACAAAACAGACGCCAUCUCCACCAAGGGUGAUAACCCCUUCAGCUUAAAGAAAGAAAACUACAGACUCUUCAGUAAUAGGAAACCACAAAACCCGGAAAAUAUUGAAUCGGAUUCUGGAGAUAAUGACAAUGACGACGAAUCAAGCACCAACCAACCGGAAAUCUCAACCAACCGAGUAAAUUCUUUCAAAAAUUCGGACCGCCGGCAAAUUGGAAAAUCAAAUAAAGGUCCACGAGGUUUCAGAUCUCCAGCUAAAAAGAGCAGUUCUAGCUCUACUUCUAGACGUGAUGAAAGCUCCGAUGGAAAAGUUAAGGAGAAGGAGAAUGAAAAAAAGAAAAACGGCGACCAAGACGGGAAUAAUUUUAGAGCCAGCGCCAGACCUAAAGGCCACGAGUACGACAGAAAAUACGGCACUGAAGAUCAGCCUCAGGAUAAAAGUCAAGACCCGCACGGUGCUAAAGACUUCCGGGCGACUUCGAAAUCCGAUCCGCCCACUUCCAAUGCGGAUGAGUUGAACAGGAAAUACGGAAUCAAAGACGACGAUAUUUCCGACAAAGACAACGAGUCUGAACCGGAGGUUAAAAAUCAGAAAGAGAAAGGCAGCGAAACGAAGGAGAUAUUUAUAGCCAGCUUUGACUACCAGGUCCCAACGGAGAGUAAGUUUGACAUGGAGGUACCUCAAGCUGAAGACAGUGUUGGGUAUAACUUCGACUGGCUCAACGAUAUGCCUCAUAGUAUAUACAAACGCUCUCACAAGUCUAGAAACACAAAAGGACCGCGGGUGUACAGCAGCAACUACAAGUUAGAUCAGUAUCGUUCUAAAAAUUCGGAAAACUCCGAAACAGAUUUAUUUGAAUACAACGACUACCUUGAAAACCCCAGAAUUUCAGAUCACGACGAAGCCAGUAGUUUUAAUUCCCAGGAUUCUGAAAGUUUCGGGUACAGUUCAACUUCCGAUAGCAAAGAAGUUCACGAGGGACAUUACGUCAGCUGUUCGGGCGUGGGGCACUGGAAGAAGGUCGUUGGCAUGGAAACGUGGUGCCUGGAGAACUGCAACCGUGGCUUCUGUCCAGAAUCCCACUGCUCCUGUGUGUAGUGCUGGACACUGAGUGACCACAGGUCUCUUGAGCCCUACUGGUCUGGGAACAAGAGCUAAAAUAUAGGUGUCUUUGAAUGAAUAUGUAUAUAGUAAAGUAGAAUAACUAAAACCGAACUGUCUGUAUGGAAGGUGAAGUAGAGUUUAUCUCUGUCCAUGGCCACACCUAUCAUAUGUACACGUGGCCAUUAUAAUGAUCCUGUCUCUAAGCAAUAUAUGUUUAUUAUAAUUAAUUCAAUGCAAUUUACCCUGCAAUUAUGAAAAAUAUAUGUGUACAUUUACUGCAGUGUGUAUACACCUAGCAAACUAACCUGUCUCAAUUUUAUGCUUUAUGUGCUUUUAACAUUAAUUGUAAAUACUUAUAUGCAAUUUUUAAAUGAUAAUUAUAUGCCACUAUAAACUAAUGCAAUAAGCCGACCUUGUGAUAAAAACGGCACCCUGUCUCAUUAAGCCAAAGUAACUUUUGAUGGUGAAAGAUUGAUGCAAGUUAGAUUGAUUUUAUGUAUGUUAGACUUAUGCUUGGGUUGCUUAAUUAAAAGUCAAAUACUAUGUUGCAUUAAUUAAUUUGUUGAAACUGUGGUUUUAUAAUCGUGAAAUAGUCAUUUUAUGCUUGUGAGAAUCUGAGGAUAUUUUGGUAUUAAGCUUUUGUGGUGUAAUAUAUAUAUUCUAAAAUCGGUCAAUAGUUGUAUUGCUUGCUAAUUUAUUAAUUGGUUGUAGUGCUUGGCAAUGUAAUGUUCCUAGAAUGCUAAAAAUAUUAUUGUUCUCCUUCGGUGUUGUUUAAGCCGAAGAACCUUAUGUAUAAAUGUGAUAUUAUUCCCAUUGUUUAGUAUGCUAAUGAUUGUAACGUUUGAUCAAAUUUGGUGUUGUACUGUCUUGCAAGCUUACGUUUGUCAUGUUUAUAAAGGUAUGUUUUCGUUAAAAUCCAUUAUGUAAGCGUGUAAGCGUUUGGUAGUAUUCCACGCACCAGUGUUGUGUCAUUUAAUUAUAGUUUUUCGCGUAUAAAAAAUCAAAUUCCCUUAUGAAAUUUUUCUUUAUCAUGAAUAUUAUUUUUACUUAUAAAAAUGUAAGAAAUUUUGAAUUUAUUUAAAGCGAUUUAAUUCAAAUAAAUAUUUGUGUUAUCUAAUGUCGUGGCUACAAAUCUAAUGAUAAUUAUUCUUAUUAUUUUAAGCAUUGGUUAAUUUAUAGUUAAUUUAUUUAAAAAAAUUAUUCUGUGUUUCCCCUCAGAACAUCUAACAUAUAAAGGAUGUCUCAGUAGUUCUGAUUUUUUUAAUUGACUUACGAAUGUCUCAAGGGGUGUUGCAAUUUGAUCCAUAUCUAACUUUGUGUGUGUUGCCUAUUUAAAGUUCCAGUUGCGUUUCUCUAUGUGUAAAUGACUUUUAUAAAUUUCCUUUUGUGCCUUACUAUGUGUUUAUCACAGUAUCUAUGUGUGAAUGAGUUUAUAAAUAGCCUGACUAUUUAAACAUUGCCUUUUUGUGUAUGAGUAUGUGUUUGCUAAAUUGUCUCAUGUGUCUAAGAUUGAUAAAAUGCUUUAAUGUAUUGAAGUUGUAAUCGCUGCUUCAACAAGUGAAUACGCCAUAUUGUCAUGCAAUGUUUGUACCAAUAUUGCUUGUACAUAGCCAAUA